GCAGGUUUUUCAUGAAGAUCAUUUAUUGGAUACUUUAUUAUUUGAUACUUCAGAAGAAACAAAAUUCAUAUCUGAAAUUGAAUCAUCAUUAGAAAUUGAUUCCAAAGUUUCAAGUUUAGUAUUUAAUGUAUUUGAUUAA